AUGAAAGUAUUUGCCCCCACAACCGAUGUUCUCCAUGCUCACGAGCAUCACAAGUCUCGGGCGGCUAUCCACGGUGAGUUUGCGCCAAUUUACAUGAUGCUGGGGAUGCUAGCGGUGGCGCUGUCAAUUGGGGCUCACACUGCCAAGCAGCAGCUGGUGCAUUCCCCAACGGUCUUUGUCAACAAGAAGAAGAGAGAAACAGUGCCAGAGGUGGACGAUCCCGAUGUGGUGAUAGGUUCUGCCGAUAAGUUUGUCAACAAAUCUUUCCUCAGGAAGGUGGCUCACAUUCAGGACCAUAACUACACCCUGCCCGACCCAGCAAGGCCUGACCCUUUUACGCGCUCUAGAGACGUUGAGACGUUAAAAACAGUUGGAGUGGAACCUGGUGGCCACUAA